UUCCGGCUCAUUUCCGGCAUGCGUGGAGGGAGGGUGAAUUGGAGGUUGGCAUUUUUGUGUUGACAUUGACGUGCGUGUUCCAAUACUCCAUCCUGCCUGUGAUCCAUUGCUCGGCCGUCGCAGACCCGUGAUCGUGCCCGCGUGUAACCGCACUGGUAUAUCCAAUCAGUACUGCGCAUAAUGGAGCUGGCUGAACGGAUCCUACGCCAUUUGGACCAACACGACCCCGUGGACUCGGUGAGCCUGGCUCAGGCCUGGUCCUUGGACCAUCAGAAGAUCGUGGGGGCCAUCAAGAGCUUGGAAUGCUUGGGCGAAGUCAUCCAGACCCAAAUCGACACCCUCAAGCAUUGGGAACUCACGCCCGAAGGACGACAAAUGGCCCAAGAUGGAUCGCAUGAGGCGCUAGUCUUCCAGGCGGUGCCCUCGGACGGGGGCGUGCCACAAGCCGAGCUGAUCCAACGGCUGGGAAAGACCGUGGGUCAGGUGGGCUUCGCCAAGGCCAUGUCGGCCGGGUGGCUGCGCAUAGACAAGUCUGCGGGUCAGCCUCGCGUUUGGCGGAAAGUCUCCUCUAUUGUGGAUCAGGUGCAAUUGGAUUUGCGGCAGAUUCAGGCCGGAUCAGCCGCAGACCUGUCGGAGAAGGCGCGAGAAGACGGCAAGAAGCGCAAGUUGUUGCAAGAAGUCACGCUGAAGCGCUAUCGCGUGACCCGAGGGCCCCAAUUCACGCUCGAGAUCAAGAAGAGCGAGACGGAACUCACGCCCGAGAUGAUCGCCUCCGGAUCGUGGAAGACGGCCGAUUUCAAGCCCUACAAUUUCGAGGCCAUGGGCAUUCAACCGCCCGCCGGUCACCUCCAUCCGCUGUUGAAAGUGCGGGCCGAGUAUCGGCAAAUCUUCUUGGAGAUGGGCUUUUCCGAAAUGCCGACCAAUAAUUUUGUGGAGAGCUCGUUCUGGAACUUUGACGCCCUGUUCCAACCCCAUCAACAUCCGGCGCGGGAUGCGCAAGACACGUUCUUCCUGAGCGAUCCGGCCACCUCCGAGGAGUUUCCGCCCGAAUAUUUGGAGCGGGUCCGACAGGUCCAUAGCACGGGUGGAUACGGCUCUCAAGGAUAUCGCAUGGACUGGAAGCUGGACGAUGCCCGGAAGAACGUCCUGCGCACGCACACCACGGCCGUGUCCGCGCGCAUGCUUUACCAGUUGGCGCAGAGCGGUCCUUUCAAGGCGCAGAAAUACUUUUCGAUUGAUCGCGUGUUCCGCAAUGAGACGUUGGACGCCACGCAUUUGGCCGAGUUCCAUCAGAUCGAGGGCGUGAUUGCCGACUAUGGCAUCACCUUGGGCGAUCUCGUGGGCAUUCUGUACGAGUUCUUCAAGAAGUUGGGCAUCGAAGAGUUGCGGUUCAAGCCCGCCUAUAAUCCAUACACGGAGCCUUCCAUGGAGGUGUUUUCUUAUCACAAGGGAUUGAAGAAAUGGGUUGAGAUUGGCAACAGUGGGCUUUUCCGACCUGAGAUGUUGUUACCCAUGGGCCUGCCCGAAGGCGUCAAUGUGAUCGGCUACGGUCUAUCUUUGGAGAGACCGACCAUGAUCAAGUAUGGGAUCGACAACAUACGUGACUUGUGUGGAAACAAAGUGAAUUUGAAGAUGGUCCAGGAGAAUCCCAUCUGCAGACUGGACAAAGAUCGGCGAAACCCGGAGGCCACCUUAGUGCAAGUCACCUCGCGUCGCUGGGAUGAGAUCACCCAAAAACUAGAGCAGCUCAAGUCCAAAGUUGGUGGCCUACAUUCGAAAUUAGAUAUCCCUGAAGAACUCGCUCGCACCCCGUCGUCUGUAACUCGUUCCGGGUCGAACCAAACCUCGAGCUCAUCCAACAAUAUUGUGAUAAAUGCCGAUCCUGAACAUCCUCCUUACUCCAUCCUUCCCCUAUUAAAAGCCUUGGGAUCGAAAUUUGUCGUCUCCGCUACGUGUUACCCUAUGAUGAAUGUGCAGACAACCCUCAUUUGGAUUUGGAUCUCGACAAUUUGACUCAAAUCCAGUAUACGAAUCCUUCUACCAUUAAGUCCUUUAUACUAGGUUUGAAGGCCAAGCCGUGGCUCUCCGGCAAAUCCUUUUCUCUUAUCGAUAUCCUGGUGUGGUCCAUCAUCAAAGCCAAUAACAUUGACGUGAAUGCAUCUCCCUUGAGUGCGUGGUCCAAAAAGUGCUCCAAUCACGCAUUAUUAAAAUCGUUGUAAAUUUUGUCUGAAUCAGUCAAUAAAUGAAUGCUUGAAGGCUCA